AACAACAGCCACGCACGGACACGACGCACGACGCACGAGACCAGAGUUGAAGAUGUCGGUGGGCGGAGCCUCCAGGUUUGACCGAGUUCGAGAAUAUCCCAUUUACGACGAGGUUCCUCCCGGGUCUCUGUACCGGGACUUCCCUCCUCCCCCGCCCCCGGUCUCCGGUCCGGGUCCGGGUUCCGGUGGGUCCGGGUUCCGUCCGGGUUCCGGUCGGCUUUAUUCUGGUCGGAGUCUGGACUCCCUCCCGCCUCCUCCCCCCUCGGCGCUGCCGGCCGUGAGCCUGGACCCCCUCCCUCCCCCGCCCCUGCCCACCCAGGCGGCCGUGGGACCCGAGGCGUUUUACCCCCCGAGCGACGAGGAGGCGGAGCCGGACCGCGACGCCAUGGACAUCAAACCCGUCCACCGCUUCAUCCCCGACUCGGUCAAAGAUUUCUUCAGAGGCAGCGGCCGCAGCGGCAAAGGCUGGAGCUUCACCAAGUCCCGCCGCUCCUCGUCUCCUGAGUCCAAACAGAACGGCCACAGCUCGGGGGGCGUGCCCUGCUCGCCGCCGCACUCGGCCCCGCCCUCGCCGUCGCUCCCGGGCUCGUACCGGGACCCGUACGGCGGCUCGGGCAGCUACGUGUCUCAGAAGGACGCGCUGCUGUUGGGCGCGGACGCCGUCGACUCAGUGUCCACCGUCCCCACCAACUCGUCGGCGCAGACGUACGCCGAGCGCGUGGAGGAGUACCACCAGCGCUACGCCUACAUGAAGUCGUGGGCGGGGCUUCUGCGCAUCCUGGGCUGCGUGGAGCUGCUGCUGGGCGCCGCCGUGUUCGCCUGCGUCUGCGCCUACGUGCACAAAGACAACGAGUGGUUCAACAUGUACGGCUACUCCACGCCGCAGCUGUACGGCGGGCUGGGGGGCGGGGCUUACGGCGCGAGCGGAGUCCCGUACACGGGGCCCAAGACGCCUUUCGUGCUGGUGGUGGCGGGCUUGGCGUGGAUCGUCACGGUGAUCCUGGUGGUGCUGGGCAUGAGUCUGUAUUAUCGCGCCAUCCUGCUGGACUCGUCGUGGUGGCCGCUCACGGAGUUCACCAUCAACGUGGCGCUGGGCGUGCUGUACCUGGCGGCGGGCGUGGUCUACGUGCGCGACACCACGCGCGGCGGGAUGUGUAACCUCCCCGUGUUCAACAACGGCGUGAACGGCGCCUUCUGCCGCGUGGAGGCGGGACAAAACGCCGCCAUCGUCUUCCUCUUCCUCACCAUGACGCUGUACUUCAUCAGCGCCGCCGUCUGCCUCAAACUGUGGCGCCACGAGGCCGCCAGGCUCCGGCGAGAAGCCUACGGGCAGGAGAUGAAGACCAUCGCGUCCUCGGCGCCGCUGUCCAUCCUGGGGGCGGGCUCUCACCCCUCUGACCCCACCCCCCUGCCCACGUCGCCGCCCGACCUGAUGGACGGCCACGCCCCCAACCCCGCCCUCCUGGAGCCCGAGAUCCUCCGAGGUCACAUCCCCGCGGGACACAUCCCCAAACCCGUCGUCAUCGCAGACUACGUCGCGAAGUAUCCGAGUAUCCGUUCGGACGAGGAGCGGGAGAAGUACCGCGCCGUCUUUAACGAUCAGUACGCCGAGUAUCGGGAGCUCCACGCCGAGGUGCAGAGCGUCGUCCAGAGGUUCGACGAGAUGGACGAGAUGAUGAGGAACCUGCAGAGCUCCAGACCCGGCAGCCAGAUGGAGCAGGAGAGAAUAAACAGCAUCUUGGUGGAAUAUCAGCGCAAGAAAACAGACCCGACGUUUGUGGAGAAGCGAGAACGUUGUGAAUAUCUGAAGAAGAAACUGGCUCACAUCAAGCAGAAGAUCCAAGAGUACAACGAGAACCAGGACUGGGACCAGGACCAGUGAAGACCAGAGACCAGGACCAGGACCAGUACCAGGACCAGGACCAGGACCAGAGCACAGACUGGGUCCAGUGAAGGAGCAGAGAUCACAAGUCCCUUUUCUUUUCAUGAGCAGGAACAUGAACACGUCUCUUUACAGCAACAGUUUUCAGACGAUCUUAGAACUUUUGUGUUUGUGUUUGUGCGUCUCUCACUGUGUCUCCACGGUAACUGCUGAACACUCCACCACAGACACGCAGGUAGAAAACCCCCCGGCCCGGACGUCACCGCGAAACAUCGAGAACUUCACUGAAAAUCUGUCUGUGCUCCGAAGAGUCUGAAGUUCACCGUGGAGGCUCGGUUUAAGUCUGGUCCUGGUCCAGUUCUGGUCCGGUCCUGGUCAACGCAACAGCAUCUCCAUGGAGACAAGCAUAAAAGUUCCAUAGUGCAUCUUUAACUGUCAUGGAUUUAUUAGAAACACAAACGUGACUCUUUUGUCCGACCUGAAGAACCCGGAGAGAAAAGAAAAGAACAAGAAGAACAUCAAGAACAAGAGGAACAAGAGGAACAAGAAAAGACAGGAACAUUAGAAGAGAGAAAAGAGAGAUUCUUUGUCUGAAAAAACUCCAUGAAAUCAUUUUGUGUGAAAGUGAAAGUGUUUGUGCGAUUAUGUGUCUGUGUUUGUGUGUUUGUUCCUGUGUGCGUUUGUGUUUGUGCAUUUGUUUGUGUGUGUGUUUGUGCGUGUGUUUGUGUGUGUGUUUGUGCGUGUGUGUUUGUGUGUGUGUUUGUGCGUGUGUUUGUGUGUGUGUGUGUGUGUGUGUGUGUUUGUGCGUGUGUUUGUGUGUGUGUUUGUGUGUGUGUGUGUGUGUUUGU